GCAGCCUUCCGUUCACGCCGCAUUUUGCCUUCGCCUUUUGCCGCGCCUUUACGUCUACCAACAUGAUGAAAUCUGUCGGUCUUGUCCUUCUUCUGAUUGCAACCUUUGCCUACUCCAGUGUUGAAGGAAAACCCAGAAAAUGUGGAUCAUCAGUGGAAAACGCCAUAUUUGAGAAUCAAGACCUCAAAGAUGCCUUGAGCGCCUGCAAGUCGGAUCCAAAGGGAAGUGCAGCCUUGGCCGCCCUUGCCCUCACAGCUACCUGCAGGGGUUACAACUUCAAGGUGGCCCGUGGCGACAAGUGCGAUGAAGUUGUAGCUCCCUACAUGAAAUGUGUAGCUGGGAAACUUGGUUACUUGAAAGCUGAUGGCUCCAUCGACGGCGCAAAAAUCCUAGCACAGUACAGGAGUUACGCCGUCGCUCGCGGUAGUAUCUGCAGAAAUGAGUACGACUUCGGUGCGCGGCACUGUGGCACUAGCAUCAGCAACUACGCGUUCCUGGGGAGGGCCGAAUGCCUCAUCACGGCGAUGUACCAGUACCCUGGUUGAUUUGCGCAAUCUGGUCCUCAUUCCUUCAUCUGACUGGCGGCUUUGAAGUGUUCACAACAGGUGCACAAUAAUAAUUAGGGGACCACUUUAUCCAGUCGAUGCAUCCACGUGCUGUAAAAAUUGUCUAAUCCGAAGUUCAUUGUAAUUUGUGAAAUAAUAAAUUCAAUAAAUCCUACUUAGAAUCAUAUUAACAAUUAUUAUUCAAAAGUGAAAUUGAAACACUUUUGAAGAAGUGAAGCAUUUUGCUGUGUACCAAUAUAUUUUGUGUCAAGAAAUUUUUAUUUGAUGCACUUGAAUUUAUUAUAAUUCGAGAGGUUCAAUGUCAUGUGGCUUGAAUGUAAGUUCAAAUAAAAAGGCGUGUAACCAAUCAUUAUAAAACUUAAAUAUAAUCAAAAAUCAUAAUGUUCCAUAGUGUUCUUUGCACUUCAAAAUUGGUGACUUGUUGUUGAUUAUCAAACCUCUGUACUUGUUUUUUCUUCUCUUGAUAGGUUGACAAAGUUUCU